UCCUGCCUCAGUCUCUCAAGUACUGGGAUUACAAAUAUGAUGGAUUUGGAUAUGAAUCUAUGAAGAAAUGCCACAUGAUCUGAGCACAAACAUGUCCAGGCUACUGCCACCAUAGGACACUAGGGUUUGGUGGCACUGCUUCCCAGGGAAUCAGGUGUGGUCUGAUCCAGGAACAAGAAGCCCAUCCUCACCAAUGACAUCAUGACAGCAAGAGAGCACAGCCCUCGCCAUGGUGCCAGGGCACGUGCCAUGCAGCGGGCUUCCACCAUCGAUGUGGCAGCUGACAUGCUGGGGCUGUCUCUAGCAGGAAAUAUACAAGAUCCAGAUGAGCCCAUUUUAGAAUUCAGUUUAGCCUGUAGUGAGCUGCAUACCCCGUCGCUAGAUCGGAAACCAAAUAGUUUUGUGGCAGUGAGUGUCACCACCCCGCCUCAGGCCUUCUGGACGAAGCAUGCACAGACGGAGAUCAUUGAGGGAACCAACAAUCCUAUCUUCCUAAGCAGUAUCGCCUUCUUUCAAGACUCUCUUAUCAAUCAGAUGACACAAAUCAAACUAUCUGUGUAUGAUGUCAAAGAUAGAUCUCAGGGAACAAUGUAUUUACUGGGCUCUGGAACAUUCAUUGUCAAAGAUCUGCUCCAGGACAGGCAUCAUAGGUUGCAUAUAACACUAAGGUCCGCAGAGAGUGACCGUGUGGGUAAUAUCACUGUGAUCGGCUGGCAGAUGGAGGACAAGUCAGACCAGCGGCCCCCAGUGACUCGGUCUCUGGACCCUGUCAACGGGAGAAUGGUUCUCCCUGUUGAUGAGAGCUUGACUGAGGCCUUGGGAAUUCGUUCCAAGUAUGCUUCAUUGCGAAAAGACACUCUACUGAAAUCAGUGUUUGGAGGUGCCAUCUGCCGCAUGUACCGCUUCCCGACCACUGAUGGCAACCACCUGCGGAUCCUGGAGCAGAUGGCGGAGAGUGUGCUGUCCCUGCACGUGCCCCGGCAGUUUGUGAAGCUCCUGCUGGAAGAAGAUGCAGCCAGAGUCUGUGAGCUGGAGGAGUUGGGGGAGCUGUCCCCUUGCUGGGAGAGCCUCCGGCGCCAGAUUGUCACCCAGUACCAAACUGUCAUCCUCACAUACCAGGAGAACCUGACUGACCUCCAUCAGUACAAAGGUCCCUCAUUUAAAGCAAGCAGUUUGAAAGCAGAUAAAAAAUUAGAAUUCGUUCCCACAAACCUGCACAUACAAAGGAUGAGAGUUCAAGACGAUGGAGGAUCAGAUCAGAACUACGACAUUGUCACCAUCGGAGCACCAGCAGCACACUGCCAAGGUUUUAAGUCAGGAGGUCUCCGCAAAAAGCUGCACAAAUUUGAAGAGACUAAGAAACACAGUUUUGAGGAGAGUUGUACUUCGUCUAGCUGCCAGUCCAUAAUCUACAUACCACAGGACAUCGUCAGAGCCAAGGAGAUUAUUGCCCAGAUCAACACCCUGAAAACCCAAGUUAGUUACUAUGCAGAGCGGCUCUCAAGGGCAGCCAAGGACAGGUCUGCCACCGGUCUUGAGAGGACUCUUGCUAUCUUAGCAGACAAGACCCGGCAGCUGGUCACUGUCUGCGACUGCAAACUGCUGGCCAACUCCAUCCAUGGGCUAAAUGCUGCGCGGCCUGAUUACAUCGCUUCCAAGGCCUCUCCCACCUCAACUGAAGAGGAGCAGGUAAUGCUUCGGAACGACCAGGACACCCUCAUGGCCAGGUGGACAGGGAGGAACAGCCGAUCUUCCCUGCAGGUGGACUGGCAUGAGGAAGAGUGGGAGAAAGUGUGGCUGAACGUGGACAAGAGCCUGGAGUGCAUCAUCCAGCGGGUAGACAAGCUGUUGCAGAAGGAGCGUCUGCAUGGUGAGGGCUGUGAGGACGUCUUCCCCUGUGCAGGCAGCUGCACCAGCAAGAAAGGUAACUGCGACAGCCAUGCCUACUGGAUCAGACCGGAAGACCCCUUCUGCGAUGCCCCCUCCUCGCCAUGCCCUUCCUCCAUGCCCGCCGCUGCAUGCCAUCCUCACCCAAGUACACAUUGCAGCCCUCCUCCUGAAGCUCCCAGCCCAGGUGAAUGGAGCGAGGCCCUCUACCCGCUGCUGACCACUCUCACCGACUGCGUGGCCAUGAUGAGCGACAAGGCCAAGAAGGCCAUGGUUUUCCUGCUCAUGCAGGACAGUGCCCCCACCAUUGCCUCCUACCUGAGCUUGCAGUAUCGCCGCGAUGUGGUCUUCUGCCAGACUCUGACGGCUCUCAUUUGCGGCUUCAUCAUCAAGCUGCGAAACUGCCUACAUGACGAUGGAUUCCUGCGGCAGCUCUAUACCAUUGGGCUGCUGGCCCAGUUCGAGAGCCUGCUGAGCACCUACGGUGAGGAGCUGGCCAUGCUGGAGGACAUGAGCCUUGGAAUCAUGGACUUGCGGAACGUGACCUUCAAAGUCACGCAGGCCACUUCCAAUGCAUCUACUGACAUGCUGCCCGUCAUCACAGGAAAUCGUGAUGGAUUUAACGUACGGAUCCCCCUGCCAGGCCCGCUCUUCGAUGCCCUGCCCCGGGAGAUCCAGAGUGGCAUGCUUCUGCGCGUGCAGCCUGUCCUCUUCAACGUGGGCAUCAACGAGCAGCAGACCCUGGCUGAGAGGUUUGGGGAUACAUCUUUACAAGAAGUCAUCAAUGUGGAGAGCUUGGUGCGGUUAAAUUCCUACUUUGAGCAGUUUAAGGAAGUUUUGCCUGAGGAUUGUCUACCUCGGUCCCGGAGUCAGACCUGCCUGCCAGAGCUGUUGCGGUUUCUGGGUCAGAACGUCCAUGCCCGGAAGAAUAAGAAUGUGGACAUUCUCUGGCAAGCUGCUGAGAUCUGCCGCCGCCUUAAUGGGGUCCGGUUCACCAGCUGCAAGAGUGCCAAGGACCGCACAGCCAUGUCGGUGACGCUGGAGCAGUGCCUGAUCCUGCAGCACGAGCAUGGCAUGGCCCCGCAGGUCUUCACACAGGCCCUGGAGUGCAUGCGCAGUGAGGGUUGUCGAAGAGAAAAUACAAUGAAGAAUGUUGGAAGUCGCAAAUAUGCAUUUAAUUCCCUGCAGCUGAAGGCUUUCCCCAAGCAUUACAGGCCUCCCGAAGGGACUUACGGAAAAGUUGAAACAUGAACACACGGUUUCCUCUAAUUAGCUGUCACCUCAUAAAUGUGGGUACCCUCUAGUGUAAUAUAUGAAUUCUUCAAGAAGACCAGAAGGAUUGGCUUUUUAUUUUUGUGAUUUUUGAAAAUAUUUCACUAAAAAGUCUAUGGAGCAUGUUCUUUCCAUUGGAAUCCAUAGGUGGUAAUGUUGGCUCAGUAGUGUGGAUAAUAACUAUGCCCAUUUAAUUAGCCUUCAGCUGUCAGCAAAGCUAGCACUGGCAGUCACCUAAGAAUCCAGCUAGCUCCGUCUGAAAUACCAGAGGACUUUUUCAAAUGUCCACUUAGGUGCUGCUCACCUAACUUAUUUAUACACUGAGUAACUUUAAAAGUGAGCACUGAAUUGCAAUCUUCUUAGAAAUCAGAAUGUAGAACAGUAAGUCAUCCAUAAAACAGGUGGAACUCAGGCAUUAAGUUGGGGGGCUCAUUCUUAAUGCAUUACCCAGUGGCCACCAUCACCCAUGAAACCUGAAGUUGAAGGACUGAGUGGUCAGCCUGAGCUAAGCCUCAGUGUGAAGGUAACCCCCGCGAGGAGCCACACAUGGGGCCACCUCUCCUGCCCUGCAGGAGUUCCAGCACAGGGUGUCUCAGAGCCAGCAGCAGUCCUUUGAAGCACCACUUGUAGGUCUCACAGUACCCACAGGCACAUUGCUCCCUCCUCCCUGGAAGUUAUGGCCUGAAGGACCAUAAAUGUGAUGUGGCUGGUGUCUAAGAGACAGUACUUAGGUGAGGAAUCUGUGACUACAGAGACAGUGGAAACCUAAAUAUUUUCAGAACAAAAGUUCUCUUGUGGGAUUCUCAGUAGAUCUUUUUCUACAAGACAAUACAAUCAUGUUUGAUCAAGUCUGAGGAAAGUGGCUUAUUUUUAGGUUUGCAAUAAUUAUGAUGUUCCUCUUCUCAUUCUGUUAUAUCAGGACUAUUGAAAAACAGUCAAGGUUAAGCUUUUCAAAUGAGAUUUUGAAAGGUAUUUAUGGGCCAGGAAUCUUUGAAAUUUCGUAGACAAUAAUGUGUGGUCAUCUUUUAUGAGGUGAUGAUGAGUUUUAUCUGCACAUAGCAGUUUUCCAUAGGAGUUUGUAUGUUUUGUCAAUUUUUUAUCAUGAUUAUGUUUACAUAUUAUUUUAAAAGGUUGUAAAAGUACAUGUGGCACAAAUUAAUGAUGCUGAUUCUAAUGAUGUGUAAACAUGUUGGAAAUACAUAGACUUCUAGAUAAUAAUCUUUGGGCUCCUUUAGAAACUCAUACCGACUUGGACCUGGAGUGCUGAAGUACAGGAAGGACCAGUCCUUGGCAGGGACAUAGAGUAGAUGGGCACCCAGUAGGGGUGGAACUAGGUGACCAGGCAAACCCCUUCCUACCCAGAAGGCAGUGUGCAAUCAGCCUGCUAUUACCUGAGCCAGCUGGGAGAAGUAUGGGAACUGCUGUGGGAAUACGUUCAUGAAGGAUGGUGACAGCUUGCCGACCCUUCCUCAUCAAUGGGUUCACUGUAGAGAGCAAGUGGCGGAGAAACUCUUGUCCACCAAACCUGUUGGUAUCAGAUCUUCCCCUUGGUCAAAGGCAGUUCAUUCUCAUGGCUCAUUUAGCCCUUCAUCGCUACCAUUUGUUAUUUUUAGUUCCAUCUUUUCCUAUUUUAACAUCACUACCUUUCAGAAACGUUUGUUUUUUAAAUUAAAUGUUACUCAUAAUGUUUCCUGACCAUUUUUGUCCAAAGAAUACUAAAUAUCUACAUUUAUAAAGGGAAUACAGCAAGUGUUGACUCAUGUGUCAGCAGUUUUGCAUGGGGCACCUUAAUGUGAAUUAUUUUUCCAAUUUUUUGGUUUCUGUUAUAGCUCAUCAUAAAACUUUUAAGACUUGGCUGUGUAGAAAAGAUUCUGGCUUCAGUGUGCUCUCUGAAAGCAUGUGACCUACUCUACUCUUGGUGGCAUCGGGCAUGCUGCCCAGCCUCAGGUGGAUCCACUCCUUAGAUCCACCUGGGGGACACUGAGCUUCCUGCCGUACCACGGAGGCCAUGUUACAGGUUCCAUCCUGUGUCCCUUUGCCCCCUUUGAAAAAGAGACUAUGACAUAGGGACAGUGGGAAGGUUGUGUGCGUCCUGCCAGAGCUCCUGCAGCACAGUUGCCUUCAGUUUCCUUUAAAGAUGUAAAAAUAUUGUAAAAUACAUUUUUGUCCCCACACAAUUGUAUUUGCCAAGCUAGCUGUUAAAAUACUUUUAUUUAUUUGUUUUGG